ACUAAUGUGCAGUGUUUGUCUUCCUCACCAGAGCCAUUGGAGCGAUAUGGGCACAGACUGAUAACAUGCAAAAAGCAUCACUGGGUCACAUAUUGAGUCCAUUUUAGGAGGCUAAAAGCUAAACGUUUCACAUCUAAGACAGGCUUUAAAAUGAGGCUUUUUAUCAAAAGUGAAUGGAAGGAUGAUAUGAUUUAGUCAAAAUGUACGGUAGGGUAGGGUAAGACCACCUUGUGGUCUGAACUUUUUAUUUGCAUAGAAAGCCCAGUUUUAGCAUUUUUGGAGAAAAUAAAAUUAAUUUGACAUCUUGGAAGAACACACCCUAUAGUGCCAAAAAUCCAUCUCGGUUAGAGGCACAAGACUGAAAAUAGUAAGUAGGAGAAAAGAACAACCAGAGGUUGAUUCUGAGCUUUUAAUGUCACGGUUCUUUUCUUAAGUAUUUCCUGUUAAAGUUUCAAAUCCAAACAAAUUAUGUUGGCUCUUUGGAAAUAGAGGGGCAGAAGAAGCUGACAUCACCAGAAGCAGUCCAUAGAACCCGAGUCACAGAGUCAAAGAUCCGAGUCACAUGUUUCACCUUCACCAUUUCUCUACAAGCCUUCAUCGAGCGAACAGCUUUUUAGCCUCACAGCUUGAAGAAAUCAGCAGAGAGACAAAACUGAAGAAGUUUUUAACCAGCAGGUUGGGAUAGAGAAGUGGACCAUCUCUGGACACGUCAGUAAGAAGUUCAAGGAAGAAAUUAAGAGGAGUUUGAAAACAAAAACUGGACUAACAGGAACAAUAUGGAAGACCAUCUUAGGAAGAAGCAGCUUCUCCCUCCUCCUCCAUUACCGACACCUUAUACUUCUCCUGCCUGGCUUGCUCCGCCACAGUCCCACAUUACCACUGUACUGACUCAGUGUGGAUUUCAAGAGCACAUGUUCAUGCUUCCACCUCCAACAUUUACCCAUCAUGCUCCUCUUCAUGCUCAUCCGCCGGUCAUCCGUGCUCCACCAGGGGUCACGGUUAACACCAACGCUCCAUUCAGUCUGGGAGCGCAGUAUGAUCACAUGUUCAGGCCUCCACCUCCAACGUUUACCCAUCAUGCUCCUCCUUCUCCUCUUGUACAGCCUGUCGUACAACAGAUGAUUGUCCGACCUCCUGCCCUGCCAGCAGGAGGCGAUGACAGUCAGGAACUGAAUCUGCAUAGUUUAUCUAGCCGUUAUCUACCUGAAAAUGUAAUGCUACAACCAGUUGGAGUCCUGAAUGGAGAAAUCUUGUACAAGGAUAUCCAAACUCCUCUGAAUGUCAACACCUCAAAACGAGUCAGAGGCAAGUGGGAUGAUGGCCGACCGUACAUUAAAAAGCCACCAAACGCCUUCAUGCUUUUCCUGAAGGAGAUUAGACCAAAGGUGGUGUCUGAGCUCAAUAUCAGAGGAAGUGCUAUGGUGACUAGAGUUGUGGGAGAAAUGUGGAACUGUUUGCCAGUCGAGGUGAAGGCAAAAUAUUUCCAGAAGGCCAGACUGGGACAAGAGCUCCACCGGCAGCAACACCCUGGCUGGUCCACCAGUGAUAACUAUGGCCAGAAGAGGAAAUGGGGGAAAAAUAAGACCUCAGAGAGCAGCAGCAGUUCAGCCUACAGUCCAAGGCCAGUCCCAUUUCUCUACUUCAUCCCAGACUCCGCCUCAGAGUCGGCCCAACACCACCGAGGGCCCAAAGCAGAGACUGAUUGAAGGCCCUUCUUCUAGUUAUGACAAUUAAAGUGUUUUGAUUUGCAUUUAAAAAGCCUGGUUUCAUGAUUUAAUGUCAAUCCAAGAAAGAAAUUAACAUUGUCACAGAAGGUGUUUUUCUUAACCUCUAGAACCCGACGGACCCACCGGUGGAACCUCUAGGGUUCUAGAGGUCAAGCCGUACAUGAAACACGUUGCCUUUUUAACUAAAUACAUAACAGUAAAAAUAUUGUUGAAUGCAGGAUUCUUUUUUUUUUUUUUUUUUUAGGAAUUAUUUGUUUGCAAAUGGGCCUCAGAGGUCCUCAGAAACAGAUGCUGUUUGGAUGAAGAACAAGCAGAAACUCAAGAAGUACAACUUUCCACGAGAGCUGUUGUAAUCUGAAGGACUGAGUAUUUACUCCAACAUAGGCAAAUUAAUCUGCCAGUGAAACUAUUCCCUUUUAAAUCAAUAUUCGAGACUUACUGACUUAAAAC